CUCCCAUACAAUGCUGCUCCGUCAGACGGGAACACGCCUCUAAAACCAUGCGUCCAGGCCGUGGUAUCAUUGCUACGUCAGCUAUCUACACUGGUUGACUGCACGCCGCCUUUACCGGGUCCAAGAAGGUACGGUAAUAUGGCUUGUAGAGACUGGCAUAGGAAACUGGACUCACAGCUGAACAAAUGGAUGCACGAAUUCAUUGGACCACUAUACUCUGGCGCUCACCGUGAUCAGUAUCUGCUCGAGUUACAAUGGUAUAUCUCCAACGCAUUUGGCUCCAUGGAGAGGUUAGAUUACGGAACAGGGCACGAGUUGAACUAUUUGGCAUUCCUAACUGGACUUUGGAAAGUUGGGAUAUUACCAAGGACAGUCAAUGGAUCAGAUUUUUUGAUAAUGUUCGGUCACUACUAUAACCUCACAAGGAAGCUCAUCACAACAUAUACGUUGGAGCCAGCUGGAAGCCAUGGAGUCUGGGGGUUGGACGACCAUUUCCACAUUAUAUACAUCUUGGGAAGUUCCCAACUGUUGAAGCAAGACAAAACAACAACCUCCGUAUUGCCGAAGUACGUUAAUAACAGAUCCAUCGUCUAUCAGUACAGUACUACCAACAUGUACUUCAAUGCGAUCGCGUUCAUCUACAAAGUGAAGAAGGGCGCAUUCUUUGAGCAUUCGCCCAUACUCUACGAUAUUUCGAGUAUAAAGACGUGGUCGAAGAUCCUUAAAGGCAUGCUGAAGAUGUACCAAGCUGAAGUUUUUGGGAAAUUCCCCGUAGUUCAGCAUUUCUAUUUUGGAGGAGUUCUCUUCCCAUGGACCAAUGCCAAAGACGGCUCGCCGUUGCCAAUAUCUACUGGUGAUGAAGACGUAUCUAAACUCAAAAAAGAAGCAACUCAAGAUUGGAAGGUCAGGGAGGAACAACAGGUGCAUGCUCCGUGGAUCUCGAACCCAAUCAGUGGUUCAGCUACGCAGUCAUUCCAGGAUCAAGUCAUUGCAAGUGGUGCCAGGAUGACAGAUCAUGAAUUGGAACACGCCAUGAAACAACCAUGCACCAGCAUCAGUAACAGACCUUCAAGCUCGUCGGCACAAGCUGGUGGUAUUCCCACAACUAAAGCACCAUGGGCGAAAUGAUGAUGACAUGAAACCUACAAUGGAUGAAAUAAUUUUGCAACA